AAAAUGCACCAGUCAUUGAAAUUGCAUCAAAGAGAGAUAUCAGAUACAAGUGAAUAUGAUCCCUUGGAUAUGCUCUCUGGAUCCAAGGAGAGAGUACAUAAAGCAAUCACGGCUCUCUUUUGCACUCCUCAGAACAAUUUUCGUGUUUUCUUGAACGGUUCCCUCAUAUUUGGGGGCUUGGGUGGUGGGGCAGAUAUUACUAGUUGUAUGAUUGGUAAUGCAUUUGAAGAUGUUCUCAAGUGUGUUAUUCAGGCAGAUGAUGGCUUACGUACAACGAAUUUCCUGCAACUUGUUACUGAAGCUGUUUCCGGAUCAGGGUUACUAGAUCGGCUUCUUGAAGUCCAAAAGCUUGAUAUCUUUGACAUAGAAGGGGCAAUUCAUGCAUAUUAUGAUGUUGUUUCUCAGCCUUGUAUAGCAUGUAGAGAUCUGGGUGAAGAGCAACUGUCAGGCAGAUAUGCUUAUCUACAUUCAAUGCCUUUGGAUAAGAGCUUGAAAAUUGUGAGGGACUAUUUGAUAGCUGCAACUGCAAAGGACUUGAGCAUGAUGAUUAGUUUUAGACCCAGGGAAGAUGGGGAUGUGGAAUCUUCAUAUAGUGGUGUAUUUCUAGAAACAACUAAUCAAAGUUUUGAUUACAAGGCAUCUUUUUUUGACUUGGAUAUGAAACCUUUGAAGAAGAUGGAGCACUACUACGAACUUGAUCAGCAGAUAGUCAGCUGCUACACUCAGAUGGUGAAAAGAAAGAACAAAGUGGAAAAUGCUGCGACCAUUGAUGCUUAUGCUAGAGACCCCACCGAAAACAGAUGUGUGAGUGGAUAUACGUUGUUUAAAGUGCAGGCAGAGAGUUCAUGAAAUUAAUUUUAGAAGGGGAUAAAUUCUAUUAUCCUCGCCCCCUCUUGAAUACAGCAAGAGUGACUGUAGUUGGCAUAGCUGAUCCAUUGUGCAUCAUUAAAAACAGGUUAGGAAAUUCAUAAAUUCUGCACAUUCUUCCCUUCCAAAGUGAUGUUUGGUAUGUGAUUGGCAAUGAUGUAUACAAUUGCUGUAACACAUUCUAGAUGAGGAACCAUUUUUUCAUGUGUAUCGGUGAGAUGCUCAGUUGCAUGGUUUGUACAAUAUGCAUUUGUGAUCUGCAGCAACCAUUUCUUCUAGAAGUUGCAUUUGUUGCCAUAAAACAUUUUGAAAACGCUACAUGAACAGAAUUUGUUAU